GCGGCGGCUAGCAAGGAGGCUGUGGCGGCGGUGGCGGCGGCGGCGGCCGGGGCGGCGACGGAGGAGUCGGAAGAUGGCAGACUUUCUGAAAGGAUUGCCCGUCUACAACAAAAGCAAUUUCAGCCGGUUUCACGCGGACUCUGUGUGCAAAGCUUCGAACCGACGCCCCUCAGUGUACCUGCCAACCCGGGAGUACCCGUCAGAACAGAUCAUUGUAACAGAAAAGACAAACAUACUCCUGCGUUACCUCCAUCAGCAAUGGGACAAAAAGAAUGCUGCCAAGAAGAGAGACCAGGAGCAGGUGGAGGUGGAGGGCGAGAGCUCGGCACCACCACGCAAGGUGGCAAGGACCGACAGCCCCGACAUGCCCGAGGACACCUAGGAGCCCUGCCCGCCCCAGUGCACUCCCCCUGUGUGUAAGCGCCGCCCCACCCCUGCCCACCACCAACCUCAUAGGAGCCAUCUAUUUAUUUUCCUUGAGUUUUUAUUUAUGCUGUAACCCAGAUCAGGCAUUGGUUAAAGGGACAUCAUACCCAGUCGUAACAUGUUGGUGGAUGCCUUUUAAAAACCCAGUGGUCCCUGACCUGGCCCAGCUUAUCCCGCAGGGCACAGGCGGCGAGGGUCCAGAGUUGGAGUGUCCAGCCGUGUGACCUUGCCUCCUGCACACCAAGCGGCCUUCUGCCUUUCCACCACCCAGCCCACCUCACAGGCCCAGUCCCACUGGGUCUGGGGUCCCCACAAUCCCUGGUCUCUUGGUGCCCAGGCCUUGCUCUGAGUGUGCGCAUGGGCAAAGCAGAGCCGGGCCUUCUGAAUCUUUCUCUUAAGUCAUUUUAUCAUGGACUAGCGUGUGCUCCGUGUCCACCCCAAUAAAAGCAUCUUUCCUACUCUA